UAAGACCUGGAAAUCUUGUUAAUGAUUCCACACUGUUUAACUUAGAUGAUCUUUCAGGUAUCUGAGUCUCAAACUCUAUAGCUGUGAUCAGGAGAGGGCUCGGAGGUGUCUUCAUGUUGAGCAUUGUGUUUGUCUUGUUCCUGACUGCAUCAGCUUGCUCUCCCCCUGCAGCUGGGUCCAGUUCUGUGAGUGAUUCUGAAGAAAGACUCCUUCCAAGGUUGGACUGGAGCACCCUGAUCCCACCCUGGCUUCGACAUCAGCGAUUAGGGCUGCAGGCCAAAAACCAAAACUUUAUGCUGGAGGACACCACCUUCUGGAUCUUCGGGGGCUCCAUACACUAUUUCCGUGUGCCCAGGGAAUACUGGAGGGACCGCUUGCUCAAGAUGAAAGCCUGUGGCUUGAAUACCCUCACCACCUAUGUCCCGUGGAACCUCCAUGAGCCAGAAAGAGGCAGAUUCGACUUCUCUGGGAACCUGGACCUGGAGGCCUUUAUCCUGCUGGCUGCUGAGAUUGGGCUGUGGGUGAUUCUGCGCCCAGGCCCCUACAUUUGUGCUGAAAUUGACCUUGGGGGCCUGCCCAGCUGGCUGCUCCAAGACCCUAGCAUGAAGCUGAGAACAACUUACAAGGGCUUCACCGAGGCAGUGGAUCUUUACUUUGAUCACCUAAUGUCCAGAGUGGUGCCACUCCAGUACAAGCACGGGGGACCCAUUAUUGCUGUGCAACUGGAAAAUGAAUAUGGUUCCUACAACAGAGACCCUGUUUACAUGCCUUACAUCAAGAAGGCCUUGGAAGACCGUGGUAUCAUAGAACUGCUUUUGACUUCAGACAACAAGGAUGGUCUGCAGAAGGGAGUGGUCCAUGGAGUGCUGGCCACCAUCAACCUGCAGUCACAACAGGAACUACAGUUACUGACCACUUUCCUCUUAAGUGUCCAGGGGAAUCAGCCCAAGAUGGUGAUGGAGUACUGGACAGGGUGGUUUGACUCGUGGGGAAGCCCGCACAAUAUCUUGGAUUCCUCUGAGGUUUUGGAAACAGUGUCCGCCAUCGUCAAUGCUGGCUCCUCCAUCAACCUCUACAUGUUCCACGGAGGCACCAAUUUUGGUUUCAUAAAUGGAGCCAUGCAUUUCAGUGAAUAUAAGUCUGAUGUCACCAGCUACGACUAUGAUGCGGUGCUGACGGAGGCUGGUGAUUACACGGCCAAGUACGGGAAGCUCCGAGAUUUCUUUGGCUCUCGCUCAGGUGCCCCUCUCCCUCCCCCACCUGACCUUCUCCCCAAGAUGGCCUAUGAGCCAAUGGCACCAUCUUUCUAUCUGUCACUGUGGGAUGCCCUCAAGUACAUGGGUAAGCCCAUCAAGUCUGAGAAGCCCAUCAACAUGGAGAACCUGCCAGUCAAUGAUGGGAAUGGACAGGCUUUUGGGUAUAUUCUGUAUGAGACCACCAUUGCCUCGUCGGGUGUCCUCCAUGGUCAUGUGCGUGAUCGGGGCCAGGUAUUUGUGAAUACAGUGUCCAUAGGAUUCUUGGACUAUAAAACAACGAAGAUUGUUAUCCCUUUGAUCCAGGGUUACACCAUGCUGAGGAUCUUGGUGGAGAACCGUGGGCGAGUCAACUACGGGAAUAAUAUUGACGAUCAGCGCAAAGGUCUGAUUGGAAAUCUCUAUCUAAAUAACUCUCCCCUGAAAAACUUCAGAAUCUACAGCCUGGAUAUGAAAAAGAGCUUCUUUCAGAGGUUCACCACUGAUAAAUGGAGCACUCUCCCCGAAGCACCUACAUUUCCUGCUUUUUUCUUGGGUGUCCUCUCUGUUGUCCCUUCCCCUUCUGACACGUUUCUGAAGCUGGAGGGCUGGGAGAAGGGGGUUCUGUUCGUCAAUGGCCAGAACCUUGGACGAUAUUGGAAUGUUGGACCCCAGGAGACCCUCUACCUCCCAGGGGUCUGGCUGAACCCAGGAGACAACCAGGUCAUUAUUUUUGAGGAGACAAUGGCAGGUCCAGUGGUGCAAUCCACUGACAUCCCCCACCUGGGCAGGAACCAGUACAUUCACUGAGCAGCAGCCCCGUGCCUCCUUCUUGGACUUGCUAUCUUCACCUCCCUGUAGGAGUCUCCUUAAGUAGCAUUCUCAGGGACCUGAGGGCCACAGUCUACCCUUGGUCUGAACCCUCCACCUGGGGGUCCUGGAGAGCAAGGUGGAAGGCAUGGGGGACCCCUUGCCUCUAGAUGGCUCCUUGGCCUGGCUUUGUGGCUGGUACUUUCCCACCUCCUUGCCCUCAUGGGAUAGGCCUCAGGGAUGUCUCUGAGAUGUGGGAAUGUUUAGUCAGAUACCAGUGAUGAAUGCUGGGUCCCCAGACAAGGUGCUGAAGCUGGGGGCCUCUCCCACUCUGGAGUAAAAGCCCUGCUGGUCAGUCUGCUGAACACAGGUGUGCUCUCAAAUGUCCAGGGCUGUACCCCACAUGGCCCCUUUCUGUCCCUGAAGUUGUGGGUUUGUCACUGGUUGUAGAGGAUAGGGAAGGGGGCAGUCUCAUCUGAGUCAACUUUAUUUUUUUCUUCACUACCCUCUCUGAGCUGCCUCUGGGAUUCUGGAAGACACUCCAUUUGAGAAACAAUGUUCUCUCUUUUUCACUCCUGCAGUCUGUCUGAUAGGAUGACACACUAAACUUAAGAGAAACAGAAAUAGCCACUCACUCUCCUGAAUUAGAAAGCAUUUCCAGUUGUACUCAAUGAGAAGUAUACUUUGAAGGGAAAUGUGGAUUGUAGCAGAAAGUCCACCCCACAUCUCACUUCAAGGGAUAGAAAGUCAGAGGUCCAGCUAAGUGACAUUGGGCAGGUGGCCCCCAGGGAAUGUUGGGGGUAGCCAGAUGGUCCACAGGUCUAGCCCAGGCAUUGUCCCCAGUUUGGUAUGUCCC